UAUCAGUAAAAUAAUUGUUCUGGCAUUUUACAAGCAUGUUAAAUAAAACUAUAUUAGAAUUUCAAACCUACCACAUGUGUCAAUAUGAAUAAAAAGCCACUGAUGGACUUGUGUCAUAUGUUAAUUGUUUGAUUUUGUUAAAUAAAUAAAUUGAUAUUAAGUAUAAUAAGGUUUGAUAAAAAGUUAAAUCAAGGGUAAUAAAAUGUUCAUGAAUCUUGACAAUCAGUGUUAUUUUAUACUUAGGGUUAUUGUUUUAAUUUCAUGUUUAAAAAAUGGUCUUGCUGAUAAGAAAUGUAACAAAAUAAUAAUUGACACAGACGCUGGAGGUGACGACGCUGUUGCAAUUGCACAAUUAAUACUUGCAAAUCAAAUAGACUCACCACCUACAGAAAUAUUGGGAAUUACUUGUGUAGCUGGAAAUACUAAAGUUGAAAAUGUUGUUGUGAAUGUUUUAAAAAUUUUACGUGUCUUAAACGCAACAGAUAUUCCAGUUUUUAUGGGAGCAAAUCGACCACUAUUAAGAAAUUUUACGUUCGACUUUUUUUAUGGACAAGAUGGCUUAGGUGAUGUUAACUUUCCAAACCCACCAACAAUUUUUGAUGUUCAAAAUAAGAGCGGUGUGAAUGCCCUAGUUGACAUCACUUCCCAAUAUCCAGGUGAAGUUACAGUCAUCGCCUUAGGUCCAUUAACAAAUAUUGCACUUGCAUCAAGAAUAAGUCCAGAUUUUCGAUCAAAUUUAAAAAAUUUACAUGUUUUGGGAGGGAUUCUAGAUGAAACAGGUACUGCUCCAAAUGGUGCAGAAUUUAAUUUUUAUUUUGAUCCUGAAGCUGCGUUUACGGUGUUCAAUGACACAACAUCGCAAAUAAAACCUGUUAUACAAUUAACCACGGAUGUAAAGUACACAGAAAUGAUUCCAUUGGAAUGGCGUUGGAAUACUUUGGCUAAGAUUGAUUCACCAAUCAUAAAAUUUUUUAAUGAAAUCGAUAAAAAGGUUUGGCAAUCAUCACGGGUAAAGUAUUACAUACCAUUUGAUGGGUUUGUAGCUGCAGCAUUUAUUUCGUCUGACGUGGUUGUAUCGACAGAACGUUAUUGUGAAGAAGUAUUAUAUUGUGGUGAAGAUAAUUAUGGCAAAGUUAUCGUUAAAAAUGACAGUACAUGUUACCAAAAUGCAAAUGUAAUAAGAGAAAUUGAUACAAAAGUUUUUAUGAACCUUUUAAUUAAUUUAUUUUCGAUCUGAACAAAAAAUAUAAAAAUAUUAGAAAGAUUGUUUGAAGCAAAAUGAGAAUCGUAGUUUGGAAUUAUUUAGGUUCUGGAAUACAAAAAGUACCGAAAUUGUCUGUUGAAAGUAAAUAAAAAACAUAACUUAUAUUUU